UGUAGAGUGUACGUGGUGGGAGAUUCCGCCAAAAAUGAAACAGAACCGUAGGACAAGAGCUUCAUGUAAUGGGAAUUUACAUGAAAAUCUUGUAGAUAUUACUAAUGAGGCGCAUAUAGUGGAAAGGGCUCGUGUGAAAAGGCGGAAAACCUGUACAGGUAGUGUUUCGCAAAACAGCUCGAGCAGUGUGAAUGAAACAUGGUCAGCUAUUAAUUCGAUGGGACAGGACAUUCUGGAAGAAAUGGGAGUCGGUGAACUUGCAGAAGACCCAAAUAGUGACUCCACCCAAGCCCCUAAGUCUAAUAAGAGAAGUACUGAUAAUGCAGUGAGUGGUGGACAAAGCACAGUACAAGAAAACAGUUCUGAAGUUCCUGUACAUAGCAAAAAAGUGUGCACCAUGGACGAAGUUAAAGCCGACGAUGAUGGCGCCAUUUCCAGUGACUUCUUUCUCUAUCGAAGAGCUCGGUCUUCUGCCAUUCAAGGUGAAGAUAUGUUCAACAAACUAUCAGAUGAGAUGGUCUUAAUGGUGUUCCGUUGGCUACCAAAAAAGACACUUGCACUCACAGCACGUGUCUGUAAGAGAUGGAAAAGGAUUUCCUUAGAUGAAGCAUUAUGGACUCGUAUAGAUCUUGGAUCCCGCGUUUUACAGCCUGGAAGUAUGGAGUAUAUCAUGAAAAGAGGUGUCUUGAUACUUCGUCUUUCACAGGCAGUUAUUCCUGACCCAGUUUUCCUAUCCAGCAGUCCGCUGACAGAAGAAUGCAGACUACAAUAUUUAGACCUUAGUAUGGCUAGUGUUUCUGAAAAAGGAAUGGCCCAGCUCCUGUCAGCAUGUCACUUUCUGCGCAAACUUAGUUUAGAGAACUGUGUUUUGAAUGCUGAUUGCUGUGCAGCCAUUGGUGAGAAUUCUGGUUUGGAAGUCCUCAACAUGUCUGGCUGUGAAGGUGUGAAUGAGAGGGGAAUUACUAGUAUAAUCACUGGUUGCUCCAGAUUAUCAUCACUGAAUCUGGCCUGGACUAAUCUCAGUAAAGGUGCACUAGAAAUGUUGUGUUCUAAAGUACCAAAAUCACUCCAAAGACUGAAUAUAAGUGGCUGCAAAAAAACAAUGGAGGAUAAAAAUGUUGAACAGUUAGUUAACAGGUGCCCAGAUCUUGUAGAAUUGGAUUUAAGUGAUUGUAUUAACCUGACUGAUGCUACAUUAACAGCUGUUUGUCAACUAAGUAAAAUAGAGUAUGUUGCUUGCAGUCGUUGUUAUGGUAUAACACCAGCUGGAUAUUACCAGUUAGCAUCAGUUACUUCACUGGCAUACCUGGAUAUAUUCAACCUCUUUCAAAAGCCAGCACUUGCAGCAAUACAGUUAAAACUACCAAAUGUUGAGAUAAACAAGUUCCUUUUCUCAAGUGUUGCCCGCCCUACGGUUGGUAUACGUCGCACUAGUAUAUGGGGCUUACGUGUACGUGACUAACAUGCUGCUUAUUCUUGUGAUUUUGGAUUGUAGUACUUUCAUAGAACAGUAGUUGUGAAAUAUGCUCAAGUAUUGAAUUGAAAGGUCUAUGAUCUCAGUUUCUGUGAAACAGCUUAAGAAUGUGUUCAUACAUAAUAGUUCAAAAGCAAAAGUAUUUCAUAAGGUGUCGUGAAAAUGAAGAAUUUGCAUUUUUAAGUGACAGUAUGUUUAUUUAUUGUUAUUUAGUUUAAGUUAAUAUUUGUUGUACUGCGGUUGAGGAUUGUACAUGUGCGUGGUUUGAAUUUAAGGUCCCUUCCUCCACAAGUGAUAAUAUCAGAUUAACUUGCCUUUAGUGCCAGAAGCUUGUACAAAGGUUUAUUCGUAUUUACUGUUUGUACAGACAUAACAAAGUUAAAGAGAUUGUGAUUUACAUGAAGCCUGUUUGUGCAGGGAUAUUCUUUAAUUUUGCACGUUGGUGACGAUUUUUAACCAAACAGAAUCCAAAUUCAAAUAUCUGUGAUAAAUUUAACAUUGUAUAUUUGCUGCAUACUAUCUGGAAAAAUUUUUUCCCCGAGAGUGACUUUAAUUCAAUAUUUUUGCAGCUU